AAACUUUUCUAAUGGAACUUUUCUAAUACACCACCAGUUCAAUAUUUCACAAAUAUUUUUACUCAAUAGCCCAACAUUGAUCUGAUUCCUUCAGGGAAAGAAAAAACUUCAAUCGCUCUUAAGCGAUCAUGUCAUCAAUUAUGCAGUUGCCUACCAAUCCUACACUCGAAAACCUUUCCCUCUUCAUCACAAAACUUGGGAAGCUGGAUGGUCUGACCGAUCAGACCAUAGAUGGAAUCCCAACCCAGGACUGUAUUAAAUUCCUUUUCGAACAUAUACAGUCCCUUACCAAGACCGAAAAUGGUGGUGAGCUCGAUGUGCACCAGCUAGAAUAUGAUUUCGUACAUGCCGUCACUAAAGCCUUAUUGAACCGUCGCCGUAUUGAGGGUGUACCCAGACUCCAGCCCAAGGAAGCCCAAGUAGGGUCAAUCCAGCGUAUAGUAUUCCGUCGUGGUGAUACUAUUCUUAUCGCCUGGCCUGGGUACGGGAAGACUCUCGUCUUACACACUGUACCUUUUAUCAUGCAAGACAAGGUGACCAUAUCGUUGUGUACGAUAAAGCAACGAGGUGAAGAUCAGUUCAAUACUGUUCGUCAGAUACCCGGCUUACGUCCACUUCUAAUAAACGGCGAUACCAAAAAGGAUGAUCACAUGUGGUCUGACUUAACCCAGGGGCGAUAUAACCAUGUUAUCAUCAGUCCUGAGGAAUUAACUCACGAUCCCUUCCUCAAAUUGCUUCGGAAUCCUACAUUUAAUCAGAAGAUAGCGUUCGUGGCCAUUGACGAUCUUCAUACGGUAUACGAUUGGCAAAAAAUGCACAUAACUCCAAAAAUUGGCAAAAUGAGAGCAUUGCUUCCCAAAGACGUGCCCUGGUUUGGAUGCACUGCUACUCUAAGCAAAAAGACCGAGAAGUAUGUGUUGACUAAGGCUGGCUUCCGCCCAAAAGGUGAUUCGAUAGGCGAGUUGUGCUUCAUACAAACUACCGUCGACCGACCCAAUAUAUCUAUUGUUGUACAACCAUUGGUACAGGGCAAACGCCCCGAUUUCCGACGAUUACGUUUCCUACUUGAUGGGAUAAAGCCUAAGGCCCCUCGAGAUAUUGAGAAGACUAUCGUCUACAUGAACGAGCUACAUGAGGUUGUCGGCGCUCGCCAGUACCUAAUGUCCGAAGCUCAGGAUCUUGGGUUGUCUCCUUCUCAGGCCGAAAGCCUUAUCCGAAACUACCAUGCGGAUAUACGACCAAAUGACCGACAGCUAUUAUAUGACAACUUUGUGCAAGAGGACUCUCCUUGCCGAAUCAUGGUCGUUUGCCCUCCUGUGAUCGACCUGGACGUCCCCGACGUGAAAAGGGUAGUACAGUUCGGGCAAAUCGCAUCUGGCGAUCUCGCAGACUUGUGGCGGAGAUUCGGCCGAGCAGUCCGGGACGGAAAGACGCAGGGAAAGGCAUUCUUCUUUCCCCCUUAUUGGUACUUUGAUCGGCUAGGACCCCUGGGCGAUACUGAGUGGGGAUCAAUAGAAACGCCGAAUCUGAACGACGGACCUGUGGUAGAUGCAGAACUGGGGCAGUUUGGGGUAGCUCGUAGAGGCUAUUGGAUGAUGCCUGAUCGAAUCUUCAGGGCCGAUUUGAGAAAGGCACAACCCGACAUAUAUGGAUUCGUUAAUGCCAAGUGCUUCAGGAAAUAUGCCCUUGAAUUUCUACAGGAGUCAACAGACGAUGGCAUAGAGGAUAAGACGGUGGUUUCAUUGCAGUUAUGCUGUAACGGGUGUCAUCAUGAACUCGGCCGGAUUUCCAAGGUACCCCCUAGGCUACCUUUUGGAACUCAGCCCGAAGAAGGGACGAAGGCGUGGUUUGCAUGGCAGGAAAUUAAUGCCUUCUGCGAGGAGCAAGUGAACAAAGCGUUUGCGUUUCUUGGAGACCCUAUCCGCAUGCCUGGGUGUGUUUUAAUGCAAAGCAACAUGCAAUGGGAAGUAGCCAAGGUUUGUGAUGGGAUCGUUGCUCCAGAUAAAAUCGCUGAAAAGGUCCGAGAUAUCCUACGGAAUAACAAGUGGGACUUCCUUGAAGAGUUCGGAGAUAUGUUUUGCACUGAAGCUCUCGUUAUCCAACGGAAAGCCAUGGCUAAGUAUAAAGGACACCUCGAAGCCCAGGAACGUGAUAAGAAGGCCAAAAGAGGGGGUUACCCCUUUAUUUUCGAGGACAGUGAAGAGGACGAUUACAUUUGCAGCCCAUGAAAAUACACUACGAGACACAUGUGUAUGGCAUUUAUUAUAGUUAAUCUUUAGGUGUGGAAAUCUGGUUCUAAGGUUGCUGUUGUUGUUGCUGUUGCUGCUGCUUCUUUCAGAUUCAUGAUAGUAAUUAAUGAAAGGAAUAUCUUAA